GUAUCAUCUCCACAAAUGUAGAAGAUGUACAUCGAGCAUCAUGAGAAUGUGCAAAGGAAAAAAGAAAGAAAACGUUUUAAUUAAAAGUCUUGAAGAGCUGGCUGCUUUACAAAUAAAAUAUGGAGAACGGGGAAUAAGCAAAGGAGCACUAUUUGCAUUACCCCGAUAUAAUACCCAGAGCUCUAAGAAUAAUAGCUGUCUUCAUAUAUAAGCAAAUAAAUCCCGAUAUUCACCCAGUUAGUCGCCCGCCUUCAGGCCAUUUUUACUUUAGUUUAUGGUGGUUUAUAUGGGAAACCGACAUCCGCCCACAAGUUUAUCACCUUCAGAUAUUUCUAAAUAUCGAUUGUCUAAGGGAACAACAUAUUUUAAGAAAAUUGUGCGUCACUAAUUACACGGUGAACGCCAAAUCCCUGAGGGAAAAUAGGUUAGUGUUAUCUCUUCUAAGAAUAAUCCUCAUUAAAGGAAAUUCAAACGGCGUUCUCUUUAAAACUAGGUCAGUCCUGGGAAUGAAAGACAACCGUUCAGCAUUAAGGAAGACUGACAGACACAUUCCAUUCGAGAGGGCAGUGUCCGAAUUACUGAUCCAGAAGAAAAAUACUCGGUGUACUUCAGACGUCCAUACAAGAGUGAGGCUACAGCACCUGAAAUGGGGAAAGGUGGAGAGAAGACGGAGCAAAGUGGCGAAUGCAGUACUAAAACAUUUGGGGUAUACACAUGGGAAGAGAUUCAGAAACACAAUUUAAAAACCGAUAAAUGGUUAGUCAUUGAGAGGAAGGUGUAUAAUAUCACAGAGUGGUCUAAGAGGCAUCCAGGUGGCACCCGAGUCAUCAGUCACUAUGCUGGAGAGGACGCCACAGAUGCAUUUCGAGCAUUUCAUCCAGAGCCUGACUUUGUGCGGAAGUUUCUAAAGCCACUACUAAUAGGCGAGCUGGACCCUGGAGAGCCUAGUCAAGAUCGGGAUAAAAAUGGAGAGAUCCUUCAAGAUUUUCGCCAGCUCAGAGAGACAGUGGAGAAGAUGGGCCUGUUCGAGACAAAUGCUAUGUUCUUCAUAAUGCAACUGGGACACAUCAUUCUAUUUGAGAUACUUUCCUGGCUUUUGCUGUAUUUUCUGGGAACAGGCUGGAUUAAUACACUGAUAUGUACAGUCCUGUUGACAACAUCUCAGUCUCAGGCUGGUUGGCUACAACAUGACUUUGGACAUUUGUCUGUGUUUAAAAAGUCCAAGUGGAAUCAUUUGCUGCACAAAUUUGUAAUUGGGCAUAUAAAGGGAGCUUCUGCUAACUGGUGGAAUCAUCGCCACUUUCAGCAUCAUGCCAAACCAAACAUCUUCAAAAAGGACCCAGAUGUGAAUAUGCUGCAUGUGUUUGUAUUGGGAAAAACUCAGCCUGUGGAGUAUGGUAAGAAGAAACUGAAAUAUCUUCCUUACAACCACCAGCAUGAGUAUUUCUUCUUUAUUGGCCCACCUUUAUUAAUUCCAGUUUACUUCCACAUCCAAAUAAUGCAUACUAUGAUUUCCAGACGAGAUUGGGUUGAUUUAGUUUGGUCCAUGACAUACUACAUACGUUACUUCUCAAUGUAUGCCCCAUUCUAUGGAGUCCUGGGAUCUAUUGCAUUCAUCAGCUUUGUCAGAUUUUUAGAGAGCCACUGGUUCGUAUGGGUUACUCAGAUGAAUCACAUCCCUAUGGAUAUUGACAGCGAGAAGUACAGAGACUGGCUGACCAUGCAGCUGUCUGCAACCUGUAACAUUGAACAAUCUGCCUUUAAUGAUUGGUUUAGUGGCCACCUCAACUUCCAGAUUGAGCAUCACCUGUUUCCCACCAUGCCACGUCAUAAUUAUUGGAAAGCCUCCCCAUUGGUGAAAUCUUUGUGUGAAAAACAUGGUAUUCAUUAUCAGGAAAAAACACUGUGGCAAGGCUUCAAGGAUAUUGUAAGCUCAUUGAAGACAUCUGGUAACCUCUGGUUGGAUGCUUACCUUAACAAGUAAGAAAGAGAGAAACAGAGGCACAGAGAGAGAAAGAGAGCACAAGAGACUCUUCAGACCUCCUUUCACUUUGUCCCCUUCGAUUGUGAUGUUCAUAUUUGCAUCUUGUCUGGGAAUUGUCUGGGGAUACAAUCUUGGCUGCCCUUUACUAAAUCAAACACUAGAACUAUGUUAUCAACAGCCUGAUUUUAACUAGCUCUUUUCUGAAAUUACAACGCAAGGAAGACCCUUGAAUUUCUAACUUGAUGCAAAAUCUGUACUAUUUCUAGACUGAUGGUCAAUCUGUUAUAGUGAUUAUAUACGCUUAUACUAAACAAAGCAGGAGAGUUCCUAGGACAGGUUUGGGUUCAACACUGAAUCUUCUUUCAUUGUAUUGUCUGUACUUUUAGAGCUAAUAAAAUUAGGACAUUGUGUAAGCUAAUUUAGAUAGUGUAAGAAAAAAAAAAACUGCCAAUAUACUAAUUGUGUCUGUAACUUAUUGUUUAAACAUACAGUACCUGUGUCAUUCAUUGCAGUUUGCAUUUAACACUCAGUUUUCUUUUAUUUAUUCAUAUUAUGUUUUCCCUAUCUGUGCUGCAGUAUAAUUUAAUCCAACAGAGUGUAGGACUUGAUGUCAUGUGAAUGCCUCAGGUUAAGCCAAGAGUCUGAAGGUACCUUUUUACUCUGCUCCCAGCCUUUCAUCCUGACAAUGUCAAUGAUCCAAACAUUUAUGUUAAUUAACAACUGCCUUUGCCUGGCUUUUACCAGCUCUCAUGGAUUUUUCAUUAUCCACUGAACUUGAACUGCAUCUGGUUCAACAUAUUAUUCAGCUACCAAUACAUUAUGUUUCCCAUACAACCUGUCUCAGCAUCUAAGAUUAAAAUCAACUUGGGUACCUCUGCUGUUAAAAUGACUACUGAAUGUUAGAUGCUGGCUAAUAUAAAGAAACUGUGAAACAAAAUCAUUAUCUUGAGUAAAAUGGAAGAUAAGGUUAUAAUAUAUAGGAAACCUCUUUGCUUGAAGAAGGAUUCAAUUAUAUCAAGAUUUUCUAAAUCAUAAGAAUCAGUUGACAAAAUACAUUACAAAUGAAACUGUAGAUAAAGCAAUGCAUUCAAAUUUAUGUACUACUGAAAAAGAAUUCAUAAUGUAACUUCAAAAAUAAUUUAGGCAAAAAAUGGAUAAUAAUAGCUAUUAUCACAGAAGAUUUUAGAAUUACAAGCUUCAGAUAGAAAUAAAGAAAUUCGAAAUUAAA